AUUGCCAGUCUACUGAAGAAGAGGGACACUCAGAGAUAAACAUACAAACGAAAGAGAUAAACACACUAAUAGGAACAACGGUCAGAGAUGCGUCGAGAAGCUUCGUGCGGAAGACCUAAUGAGAAAGUCAAUUAUGCUGGGCAUUUUCCGUAGAAGAACCAGCGUUCAAUAAUUUCUUCAGAAAAAAAAACGCAAAGGGAUCGUUCCACAUCUUUUCCUUUGGAUUGUGAAUUAAGUACGAGAAGAAGUGGUUACUAAGGCAAGCAUUAGACUGUCUUUUGCAGUCAGAGGAUCAUCGCUUUGAACUUCUGUCGAUGUCGUGUUUUUUCCCCCGUCCGGCAAGCGAGAUUUCCAUUGAAGAAUAGGCAUUAUAAUUUAAGUGUUUUUUUUGACGUAUUGUUAAAGUGAUUUACAGAGUGUUUUUUGAAAUCAAACCAUAUUCGUUGAGAAAUCAUGUUACUGGAUACUGGUCACCAGUUCCCUGGGUUGGGAGUUGGCACGUUUGCCAGGCACCACUCGGCAAGCGAAAUGCAGGACAGAGACUUGGGUUUAACGCAGAAUAGCUUUGUUGAUUCUGCACACAUGGGCGCUUUCAAACUGAACCACGACAUCUCGCCGGGACAGAGCUCUGCUUUCACCUCUCAGGCGACGGGUUACCCCGCUGCGGCUUUGGGUGCUCACGCGGCUCAUGUCACGUCGUACGCUAGCUCGCCUUUCAACUCCACGAGAGACUUUCUCUUUCGCAGUCGCGGCUUCGGAGACUCGUCUCCAGCAAGCAGCCAGCACGCUAUUUUCGGUCCCACAGCGGGGUCUCUACAUCACUCCCAUGCAGACGGACAAGGCCACAUAUUGUUCCCAGGCAUCCACGACCAGCAUGGAUCACACGGCUCUCCGAAUGUGCUAAACGGACAAAUGCGACUUGGACUACCAGGGGAAGUUUUUGGGCGAUCGGAUCAAUAUCACCAGGUAUCUAGCCCCAGGACCGACCCUUACUCCGCCGCCCAACUCCACAAUCAGUACAGUCCCAUGAGCAUGGGUAUGAACAUGGCAGCCCAUCACCACCCCGGUGCCUUCUUCCGCUACAUGCGGCAGCAGUGCAUCAAGCAGGAGCUCAUCUGUAAGUGGAUCGACCCGGAGCAGCUCAGCAACCCGAAGAAGAGUUGCAAUAAAACUUUCAGCACCAUGCACGAGCUGGUCACCCACGUCUCGGUGGAGCACAUCGGAGGACCCGAGCAGAGCAACCACAUCUGCUUCUGGGAAGAGUGCCCUCGAGAAAGCAAACCCUUCAAAGCCAAAUAUAAAUUAGUCAAUCACAUUCGGGUCCAUACGGGGGAAAAACCGUUUCCUUGUCCCUUCCCUGGAUGUGGCAAGGUUUUCGCUCGAUCGGAAAACUUGAAGAUCCACAAGAGAACACAUACAGGUGAAAAACCGUUCCAAUGUGAGUUUGAUGGCUGCGACAGACGCUUUGCGAACAGCAGUGACCGAAAGAAACACAUGCACGUCCACACUUCAGACAAACCAUAUCUUUGCAAAAUGUGUGACAAGUCCUACACUCACCCCAGCUCCCUCAGAAAGCACAUGAAAGUUCACGAGUCCUCUUCCGGGUCUGACUCCUCUCCAGCAGCCAGUUCAGGCUACGAGUCCGCGACGCCCCCUGGCCUGGUGUCCCCGUCCGCUGAAACGCAAAACAACACCAACCUGUCGCCCCCGUCAGCGGUUCACAGUAACAAUGGACACAGCCUGUCGUCCAAUUUUAGUGAAUGGUACGUCUAGGACGGAAUAUUCAGAAUCCAGAUGCAUUUCACAGAGCGUAAGGAAAAAUAACAGCAUUACAAUAGAUAAAAUGCUAACACAAAGGAACUUGUAAUAUAAUGUGAUGAAAUACAAUAUUGCAUAACUUUGUGAAUACACCAGUCAACUGAAUAAAAAUGUUUUAGAUUUAUUUAAUACUUUGUAAAUAAAAAUAAAUAUUACUUGCUCCCUUUCUGAUGGUUGUA